CUCCUUCCUAUCCAUUCUCUUGAAAACAGGAGAUGGUUGUCCUCGGGAAGAAAAGGGAGUCUGGCCUCUGUGUAGUCAGUUCACUGGCUGUGCAAUGGAUCUGAAUGGAUUGGGCGAGUGAGAGUAGAAGAGAAAGCCCAGCCUUCGAAGAGGCCUCCAAGAAGGGAGGGAAAAGUGAUUGGUCGUGACGGGUGAACCUCCUCAUUGGGGUUUGACAAGAGCUAUGGAUGUGCGUGGUUUUUGUCAAGAGAGGGUUUCGAAUCAAUGUGAUUUCGUGAAAGAUCAAGCAAGUUCCAUGGAAUCUCAUUGAGGAUCCGGCGAGUCCAUUAUGGCAAUGGACGUGGAGUGUCCAAGAUAUCGGCACGCUCAUCACAUCCUGCAACACGUUCGGCAAUGGAUGGAGGAUAAUCCGGAUCACUUGGACGUGCUUAUCAAACUUGAAGACGGUCUGGUGUUGUCUCAUUCCCUCUUGUUGGGCGCGGUGUCUCCCUUCUUGGCCGAAAAUCUCAAAGGGGUCUCCGAUCCUCUAAUCAUCAUUCCAAAUCUCAGUUCUUAUGAUCUCCAAGUCUUCUUCCAGUCAAUCUUUGACAACUCAGUCUUAGACGAACACAUACCCAUUCUUAGACAAGUUUGUCAGGAGCUCCGUGUUCCUGAAAGGCUUCUACCAAACCAAAUAUUUAACAAAGCCUCGUACCCUUCCUUGGAUUUGUUGGUUUCUGCCACAACUUUUUCACAACAGAAUGGAAAAGACAUAAAUUUACACGGAUUGCCGGACGAUCUUCCCUCUCCUCCAUCAAUGACCGGAUGUGAGGACGAGCCAUCCACCCUUAAGAUGAUUUUGACUGGAGCAGAGUCCAACAACCGCAUUUUUUCACCUUGUCCGAUGGAAGACGUCUUGGACGAUGAGGAGCCGAGAUCAAAAUCUCCUUUCUUCACUCCCGACGACCUUCAAAUCUGGAUGAAUGAUACCAGGCAUAAUGCCAAUACUAUGAUCGACGACCCUUAUGAAGAAUCUCUCUCCUCGACACCGCCACCAUUUUCCCAAGACUUCGACACCCUUCCUUUCCUCUCCGAAGAUCCCGUUAGUUGCAAGAAGGGCUUGAGGAAGUGCCAUUUUUGUCCAAAUACCUACCGUCAUAUUCGAGGCAGGAAUCUCCACAUGCUGUCCAAACACCGCACCGACUGCCAGGCAUCCGGCAUAUUAUUUGAUUGCGAUUUUUGUGCCGAUCACUUCAUCACUCAAACGGGGCGUGAUCGGCAUCUGCAGAUUGUUCAUGAUCUCAAACUCGAGGACAUGCGGCAGAAGCCUGAAGCGCCCAAACGAGAACCUACCCUCUCUACUCCCUGUUUGUACUGUCAAAGCCGGUUUGUUGACUGCCAGGCGUUGCGAGCUCACGUCAAAUCAAAUCACCCACUCAACCUAUUAUGUUGCCUCAUGUGUGGCCAGCCCCAUGAAUCCAAAGAAGCUCUCUACAAUCACAUCCAGGUUCAUGUGAGCGAUGCCAAGAACAUCUUCUACACUUGCAAGCAUUGCCACACCAACUUCAGUGUCAAAUACGAACUCCGUACUCACAUCCGGCGGCAGCACAUGCCGGACCCUACUUACAUUUGCAACUUUUGCGGCCAAGGCUUCUUCAAUGUCAAGUAUCUGGAGAAUCAUAUCAGUAGAGAGCACACUCACAGCCAAAAGCUCCUCUUGCCAUGCCAACAUUGUGAUAAAAAAUUCCGAUACCAGGGUCUCUUGGACCGCCACGUUCGUUCACACCUGGGCAUCAAACCUUUUCGUUGCCACGUUUGUGAGAAGAAGUUUUCUACCAACGCCAUCUUAAAGAACCAUCAGAGGAAUCAUAUGGCUGACUCAUUGGCGGGGAGACUGACAUUUGGAUGCAGCCUUUGCUCUUUGACCUUUGACUUCAACGAUGACUUUGAAAAGCACCUGAAUUCGACCGCUCAUAAGGAGAAAGAGGUUAAUGAAAAAGUGGCCCAAAUCAUUCGAGAUGUCAAACUCGCUGUUUCUUCGUAAGGACGUUCGUUCACAGAUAACCCUUGAUCAUUCUAGAUAUUUUAGCGAGCAAUGAGGAACAACCUUGAUCCCAUAACAUUAGCAUAUAGUUUCCAACUCAGUAUUAACUAAAUAUUACACCGAUAAUCUACUUCAUAUUUCCCAUUAAACUUUUACAUCCCCACUAGAUAUAACAUCGAAGUUGAGCUUUUGUUCUUAUUUCCACAAGGUUCCUUGGAUUUGACGCAUUUCCUUGUGUGUGAAGAAUAUUUAUAAUCAUUUACGCGAUUACUGAUUUUUUUCUUCUAAGAAUUACUUUCUAAAAUUACAUUUGUUUUAUAACUUGUCCAUAAAUUGCUGAUCAUCUGCUUCUAAUAGUCAAACAUUACAUUUACAUUUCUUGCAAAUCAUUAGGACUCAAGCCAUUGGUUAGGUUUUCGAACCGAAUAUUUCGACAUAUUUUUCUCAAGACAAAGGUAAAGGGCCAACAAUUAACUUUUUUAUGUUUGAUCAACGAUGUCAACUGAUUUGAUCCUUAAUCACCAGCCUUUCUCAUGCUUCCCUCUAGACCCUGUUACAUCGUGCAUAUACAAUAUAUUCUACCCAAUUUAUCCCAUGAUAUGAUGGUCUGUAUCAAACCCUUUCAAAUCCCUUUGUCAUACAUAGUUAAACUUUAUCUAGCGUCAUGAAAUAUACAUCCCGCAUAACAAA